CAUGUACUGUAUUUGCAUCACUGCACAGAGUAAUGGCAGUGAAGGAACUGGGAAAUGGUUCUGCAGCUGAGAAUAUGAUACUGAAUCAUGCUUUAUGAUCACUACAAUAAGUGAGUCUGACCUUCUCAGGAUUUUUGUAAAUUCAUAACCUACUUUGUUGACGGAAUAUUUCACAUUCUCUCAAACAACAGCCUACUAUGAUAUCGAUAUUUGUUUUAAAAAAUACGCGUAUUUAUUGAGGGGCGCACACACCUUAAAACAAAUGCUCCUCGACUUCCUGGAAAAAUAAAACUGGAGCUGACUCGUUGCCCUGGCAACAACAUCUGUGCCUCCAGGAAAUUUGAGCCCUCAGAUGUGUCUUAGCAGGAGGUCCCAUAUAUUCAUCACUUGAAACAAAAAGACAACCACAGCUGAUUCAUCACUGCUGCCAAGAUAAAUAUUACAUUUGUGCACACUCAAAAGUGUUACAAGAAACAUUAAUGUGACAGAUUGAAAAUGUGCUUUGUGCAUUCCCCUUAUUAUGCCACUACUGUAUUAGUACAUUUUGUUUCAAAACAAAAGAAUGUAUUUCAUAAUUACUUCAUCGCAUAUAAAGAACUGAGAGGCGUCAACCUGUGCAAUAAAUAUUUAUUUGCCAGCUUAUAUGGUCUUCUGUGCCACCGCGAAAAUUUCAUUAGCGAACUGGGGCUGCCUGCAAAGCAUCCGUGAGGGCUUCACUUAAUGAGCACAGUCGGAAAUGAAGUGUAGUGGAAUCGUUAGCUAAGAAAGAGUCAAGCACUACUAGAAGACACAUAUAACAUUGGAUGUCAGUACAAACAGCAAUAUGUUUUCAAGCAAGCGAAAUAUUGAGACAGGCAUGAGCAGUUUCAGGAGACCAGACAGACACAGGACACCACCGUUCACCAGGGCAACACACCUUGGAACACCCAAGCCUGACCUGGAGAGAGAUUCAGGCUUCUCAGAUGCCAGCUCUGAGUACCUCAGUACAGUUGAUCUUACUGACUCUGAAGAUGCAGGAAGGAAUGGGUUGAUAAUCGGCCAGGGCCCAACUGGUCCGCAGGUGGCUGUGAUGGGGGGCUCAUAUGCUGGACUAUCUCCAAUGAUCAUCAUGAACAACUUUGUCUUAAAGCAGCCAUCGACGAUUGACCCAAUAGAAAAGCAGUGGGGCUUUCCUUCACCCUUGGAAGUAAUACCUCAGUCACAGGUGGUUCUUCUUCAACCUAUGGUAGCAAAUGGCAGCAGCAACACUCCAAAAAUGUGCCCCGAAAAUAUCCAGCAAUCAAAAAGCUACAUGCCCAUCCUCAAAUCAUAUCCCAGAAUUGCACCACAGCCUGUGGAGGUGCCAGCUAAAAGGAUGGGAUCCUCCAGGGUGAGUUCAAGAGCGCGGUACGACCAGCGAAAGCGACGGCACCAACACAGUCACGGGCUCUACAGCUCCCCCAGCCCACAGCUAACUCCGGAAACUCCAGUCAAAGUCAUCUCCAGCUUUGAAGCAGAAACCAACCAAGCACAGGCUGCUAAGAGUCAGGAACUGCCCAUUGACAGGUCUCCUUCCCCACUGGCAGGAACCAGCUUUCUGUUUCCCUUAGAUGAAUUUAGUAUGGAGGUAGACAGCAACAAGACCCAUUCUGUCAAAUACCAGGAUGUCCUCUCAGCGGACAGCAACAAACUGAAACGUUUCAGCAAUACCUACAAUAUUCUCAACAAGUCUGGUUUGCUGGGGAUCACGCUGCGCACGAAGCAGCUGAUCAGGGAGAAUAAGCGCACCCAAGGCCAGCUGCAGCGGCUGCAGGAGCAAACAGCUCUGCUGCUGGAGGCUCUGAGCAGCGGAGACCCACAGCUCUGGACGAAACUCCAACUCUCUCUGCAGGACACAGACAAGGAACAGUCGGGGACUAAAGUUCAGAGAGUCCUGAUGUAAUAUGUUGGUGGACAUGACCAGCAGUUCUCAAUUAGGGGGACAGAAGAUAAUUUUAAUGGAUGUGGAAAAAAUGUCUCACAUCUUUACAGUUAAAGGUGCAGUGUGUAACUUUUAGGAUUUCUUAAUGGAAAUGGGCUAUAGUAUGCAUAAUUAUGUUUUCAUUGAUGUGCACUCACCAGAAAUUGAGAAUCGCUGCAUGUUCUUUAGUCUAGCAUGAGGCUUUUAUAUCUACAUAGGAGCAGGUCCCCUAUCAUAAAGGCCGGCAUGUUGAGCCACCAUGUUUUUUACAGUAGCCCAGAACAGACAAACCACGCACUGGCUCUAGAGUGUGAAUUUUGCAUUUUCACAUUGAAGUAGCAGCUUGGAUUUGGAGACUGGAGACAAAGAAGUAGUAAUGUAUGAGCUUUGCUGAGCAUUGCAAUCUGCAAAUUCGCCACUAGAAGACAUUAAAUCUCACACACUGUGCACCUUUGAAACUUUCUUCUUGUGAAAUUGUCAACACAGCAACUAAGCAAACAAUAAUUGAACUCAGCUUUAUGCUUUCAUGCAUUUGUACAUCUUAAUUUUGCAGGUAAUGGAAAGAAUACCAUUCAGAGCUGCUGGUCUAGCCUCCAAACAUGAAGCUGACGCAUAUCCACUGUUACCAAGUGGCAGUUAAGAAGCAUGCUUAAGGUACAAACCUUCACCUUUAAAGAAUAUUCUUUCCUCUGUCGUUUUAAAAUAGCAAGUAUCACUUGUAAUAGGGCUAUGGCUUCUGUAUUGUCUAAAUGCAUGCAGCAUAUGCGAGGACACAUGGGGUUAAUUCCUUGCCUUGAAUGUGAUUGCUGUAGAGAAAUUAACAUUUUAGAUCAAAUGGAAACCUCGACAUGUGGCAUGCUUCAUUGUUCUCCUGACUGAGGUGCAUCUUGAGUUACUGACUUUUUACUGUUUACUUGGUUUUUGAACCAGAUAGUAAACUGAAAGAGAAAUUGUGUUUGCCAGACAACAGCUCACUAGCUUACAGUGGGAGUACGGAGGGCUUUCCAACCCACAACAUAGUUUUUUGUUUGUGUUUUUGUUUUUUGUUUUUAUAAUUUUGUUACUUGCUGUCUUUUAUUUAUUUGCAACAAUAUUAAUAAUAGUAAAGACUAAAACUGUGUGAAUAAUAGAAACAAACUGAGCACAUAAUGUUGCCAGUUCACUGGUAAAACAGGCUUUUUUCAGUAUCUACCUUUAAGAACUGUGUAGGAAUUUGUUGGAUGCUUGAACUGUAGCAAGUAAAGUGCUGUAACCACAUCAUUUUGACUUUGCAUAUGUUGCCACCAUGUUCGUCCUUACUCUGGCUUUAGGCUUAGUAUGAUGUUGUAUUAAUUGAAAUUUUAAGACGGUUAAAUAAUUUCAUUUGGUUUCAUAUCGCACUUUAGUUACAAGAUCACUAACAACAUUUUAGACAAAUGUAACAACCUGUUUCUCUAAACGAGCAUUCUGUCUUGUUAAAAUAAUUUGAAUAUAAAUGUUUAUCUGGAUGCAUUUGCCUUUUGAAUAUGUUCAUGUUUCUACUUCUGGAUACAUAAUUUAUAUUAUUUCAUCAUGAGCUUCAUGUGGAAGAAAGUUGAAUGUUCUUAAACAUCUCCAAAGAAUUAACAUUCUUCUCCAAAACAAUACUGUGGCAAGAUAAUGCACACAGAUUUGUAGUAAAAAGAUAACGAGAAAGACAGGUGCAGUCAGAAAUGGUCCCAUUUUAAAUGUUGUGUUGUUACUUAUUUUAGCAACAAAACACUUCUGUUGCACAAUUUUUAGUCAGUGGUUGUAAAAUGAAGUAAUAAUCAAAUCAGUCUUGGUUUUAAGAUGGUCAAGAAGCGUUGCAAACAUUUUAAGAUUACUUUUCAGAGAUCCUUUUGUGAAAUGUGUUUUCUGUAUUCUUUCUUUUAACAAAAGUCACUUCAACUAAUAAUGAAUUGUCAAACUGUUUGG